GCCUGACAGGCCCUUGUCACCCCUUGCGGGCAGAGGCCGUGCCCGGGCCGGGCGGGGCGGGCGGAGCCGUUGGGCGGGGCGGGGCGGGGCCGGCCAUGGAGGCGGCCGGGGGCCUGCACCAUACGUGCGGCCCGCACGUGUCAGCUUAUGCACCUUGCAUGUGUGUGUACCCACGCAGCAGGAUAGAGGUACUUGCAGACCCCAAACCAAUAUUUUGCCAAGCCAGCAGUCCCACGCUUGUAUGGGGAAACCAAGAGACAAUAUGGACCCUCUCACCUGGUGCUAUGACAGCUACACCAUCUGCAAGAACCUUGCAUCUGUGCCAGCCCAAGAAAGAUUUUACCAAGUAUGGGCGCAGUUGCAGACCAGUAAUUGGUGGGAAUCCCCUGCUACCGAAGUAUGGCUACCCAUCUGAACGGCUGCUGAGGUUGUCUGAACCCAAAAAAUUCCUCCCUGCUUACCUGGAACAAAGAUCCCGUGAGACCCCAGAGUGGCCUGUGUCCCUGGCUGCACAGAACUAUAAUGCCUCCAAGCGGAUACUGCAACUUGCCCAGCCAAAGGCACUGCACCCAGACUUCAUGCCGCCCAGAGAGGUGCCAAUACAGGUUUCCAGCUUAGCAAUCUCGGCCAGUGCAUCGGCGCGGGUCCAGAAACUGGCAGAGCCCGUGAUCAGGGAGUUGACCUGCUGCACUACGCACACCAAACCUGGUGUUGUCAUGUCUCCGGCUUCAUCUCGGAAGGUAAUUGCAAGCGCUCGGACCAUUGAGCUGUCGAAGCCCAAACAACUCCACCCUAAGUUCAUGCCCGCACGGGAUCCCGAGUGGCCUGUGACAAAGGCUGCCAGGCAGGCGGUGGCUACAGAAAGAAUUGUGGGGCUGGCCCAGCCUUCCUCGAGACCUCGUCAGGGCUUGACUGCACUCAACCCAGAUGCAUUCAAAGUGAAAGAGAGAGCUCUGAAGGCGGUUUGUUCUCCACGGCUCGCAGAACUAGCUCAACCAAUUAGGCGCUAAGCUCCUUCAGAAUUGCUCCUGCCAUCUGCCCGCAUCACCCCUUGGAACAUCACUCUCUCUGGGCUGUGCUGUGGCUGGGAAAUCUCUUCGAACACAGUGCAGAGGCAGCACUCAGCUGGAACACUUUCUGGGAGUUAAAAUAAAAUCAUCAUUCCUUAAGAAUAGUCAUCAGGGAAAAUGACAGAAUUCAACUUAAUGUGGGAAGACUCUCUCCCUAGGAUGGGUUAUGUUUGGAGUUUCUCUCUUGAUUGUUUUGCUGUAAUAGUUUAGAAGUAAUGAAACAACUGCAGGGGGAAGGCAGCACAGGAACUGUCCUUUCAUGCAGGGAAGUGUGGCAAACUAAACUCAAAAGCACGCAGUAAGUUGAUGCAACACAACUCCUGAAUUUGAGUUUAAAAU